AAUGGGUAAUGCCAUUAAAGCGUUUUUUCAUGGCCGCUUUCUGAUUUUAUAACUGGAUAUACUAACAACUAAGUCCCUUCAUUGAUAAAGCUGCAAUGACGACCUUACACUCAUGUGCCAAAAUGAUAAGCCAGCUUCACAGAUUAAUUCCGAUAACUUGCUCAGGUCAAAGAGGUUUUAAAAGAUGGGUUGCUCCAGUGAAAAAGGUAAUGGCAGUCCGCCAAAAAAAAAUGGGUCCUCAACCUGUACCCAUUCGAAAUACAUUUCUAGAAUGGAACUUUGAUGCUGAAAUAUUUGCUUUUAACAAAAGAUUAUCUGAACAGUUUGAUUCAGAACUUCUUGUACAAGCACUAACACAUAGGUCAUAUGUGAUUCAAGAAGAACAAAAACAGAGAGAUGUUGGUAUUACAGAGCCUAAGCUUGACAUAGAAGAUAAUCGAGAAAUGAUUGAAGAAGGUGCUGAAUUGACAUCAAGGAUUGUUGUCUCCUAUUUAGGGAAAUGUUUACCUCUUGCACCAGAAGAAUGUAUUUUUGCGCUUCAUGAUCAUCUUUUAUCCCAGAAAACUUUGGCUCAUGUUUCUUCACACAUUGGGACAAAGGAUAUCAUUUUAGUGGCUGGAAAUAUAGCAGACGAAGGAAUCCUAGCUGACACGUUUCUAGCAUUGGUGUCAGCUCUCACUCGUAGCGUUGACGUUAUCCAUGCUGGUGCAUUCGUUCGGGACUUUCUAAUUGCAACAUUAGCUGAGAAAGAUCUCAUUGAGAUAUGGACUCCAUCAAAUCCGCUAGAAAAUUUGAAUGAAAUACUUCGAAAAGAUAAUCGUCAACUUGCAGAACCCAGGCUAAUUUCCCAAACUGGUAUAAACAGUCUAAUACCAGUGUAUCGAGUAGCAGUAUAUUCAAACAAAGAAUUUCUGGGCGUUGGUUGUGGUGAAACCAUUGAUGUGGCAAAGGAAGUGGCAGCAACAGAUGCCUUACUUCGUAUAUUUAAUUUAAAUAAUUAUCAGAACCUAAAAUACGAUUUGAAGGUCGAUAUUUCCAAAGAUAAUAUGGAAAAUCUACCCUUAACAAAAUGGUGCACAGAGAAUGUACAAAAAGUCUUACAACUCAAAACAUAGCAAUCAAACAUAGGUAUUGUAAAAGCUAAACAUGUGUAUAUCUAAUAAAUAAUUGUUAAUAUAACAAA